GCCGAUUGUAGACUGCAAAGAUGGCGCAGGUCACAUACAGCAGACUGUCUUGUUUAAUGCGAAUUAACGUAAACAAAUCGUCGGCUUUAUGGAAUCUACCAGAAAUAAAACCUGCGUCUGCAUUGGGGGUUCAGUUUAUACGCUUCCAGAGGUCUGUGGACAGCAAGGUAUUACAGGAAAGACAGAAGCAGCAGAUGGCUCGAGGUCUUCCCAAGCAGAAGCCCAUCACAGGGGUCAAACAGGUUGUUGUCGUUGCUUCGGGGAAAGGCGGUGUGGGCAAGUCCACCACGGCAGUGAACUUGGCACUGGGAUUGAUGGCGAAUGAUCCGUCGAAGACAGUCGGUCUGCUAGAUGCUGACGUGUACGGCCCGUCCAUUCCUAAACUGAUGAACCUGACAGGAAACCCGGAGCUGACGGACAGCAAUCGGAUGCUGCCGCUGACCAACUAUGGAAUACCUUGCAUGUCCAUGGGCUUCCUGGUGGAGGACGUGGCCCCCAUCGUGUGGAGAGGCCUCAUGGUGAUGUCCGCCAUCGACAGACUGCUCAGACAGGUGGAGUGGGGCUCGCUGGACUAUCUGGUAAUCGACAUGCCUCCCGGGACAGGUGACGUCCAGCUGUCAAUCUCCCAGAACAUCCCAGUAGCAGGUGCGGUCAUCGUGUCCACGCCGCAGGACAUCGCCCUGCUGGAUGCUCGUCGAGGAGCCGAGAUGUUCAAGAAGGUUCACGUCCCGGUCCUUGGUCUGGUGCAGAACAUGAGCGUCUUCCAGUGCCCCAAAUGUAACCAUCAGACUCACAUCUUUGGAUCGGACGGGGCCCGGCAACUGGCAGACACGCUGGGAGUCAAACUAUUAGGCGACAUUCCUCUUCAUAUGAACAUCAGAGAGAUGUCAGACAGAGGACAGCCGGUGGUCAUCUCGUGUCCGAGCAGCCCCGAGGCGGAGGCAUACAAGAAGGUGGCAUCUGCCGUCGUCCAAAGACUGGAGGAGGUCAACACUUGACGGGAAGUCAGCCUUGCAGAUUUGACACCGAAAUGAGCACUGAUUCUUUUCUCCUUUUAUUCCACUGAAAAACAUUCUGGCAGUAUUCUGAUAUUUAAUAAAGUUAUUUA